GUGGCGAGGCUUCACGCAGAGUCCGCGUCGGCGGCCGAGUGGCGGCGGCAGGCCCUCCUGUGUUAUGGGGAGGGCCGCGAGGCCGACUUCAGGCAGGUCCUGGAGGCAGCCCUGCAGGGGGAGUACGAGGUACGGGCGAUGUCCGGGCCCGAGCGCGGUGCGAUGCUGCACCUGCUCGCGGUCUACUAUGUGGGACGCGCUUCCUCGGCUAGCAGGCUGGACAGGGCCGAGCGGGAGGCCGACCUCGCCCGGGCGAAGGGCCUCCUCGACCAGGUCGAGGACGACAUAGACGUCAGCCUGGGCUCCAUGGGCGGCGUGGACGUCUUCACAGGGAGGGGAUUCCACGCCCUCGCGACGCACAUGGUCAGUCCUGGUACUGGGACCGAGCGAGCUGAAGCGCGCGGAGUUUCUUUUCGAUGCCGCCCUGAAGCUGGACCCCGCUGCGCCCCACGCCGUGCUCGGGCAGGCCGACACGACCGAGUGGGCCAAGGCGCUCGAGCUGUUCCGGCAGGUUCUGCGGCGCGCCUCGCCCUCUGCCUCGAGAUCUAG